UUCAAUCCCAUUCUUUCUCCCUCCAUCUAGUAAUAUCUAACUUCUCUUCGUUUCUACUUCCUCUUCUUUUCUUUCUUCUUCUUCUUCUUCUUCUUCUUCUUUCUUUGUUUUCGCUUGAAUUCCCGUUAACCAUUCUUUACUUAUUCCUAAUCCUCGAGGUGGAUAAUCGAGAAUAUAAAUAGGUGUGUGAGAACGAUCGUCGAUUGUGCCGUGGAACCACGUGGAUUCGUACGUUGUUACGAUAAAAGAGAAUAGAAGAGAAGAGAAGAGAAGAAAAGAGAAGAGAAGGGAAGGAUAUAGAAGAGAAAAGAAAAGAAGAGAAGAGAAGAGAGGAGUGGAGAGGAAAGAAAAGGAGAGGAGAAGAGAGGAGAAGAGAAGAAAAGAGAAGAUAAGAGAGUGCCUGCUGGCAAGGAGUGUAAACGUCGUUCUUUCUUCUCGUAAUCAGCGAUAGUACGUACUACAUAUAGUGCGGCAAGAGGGAUACAAAUUAAUUUUCGUAUUAAAAGCAUUUCGUUUCGUCGUGUUAAAGAGUCGAAGAAGACGACUACGCGUAUCGACCUAUCUUUUCACGCGGUCGAGACGCAUAUAUACAGAUUGUGUGUGUGUGUGUGUGUGUGUGUAUGUGUGUGUGUGUGAGAGAGAGAGAGAAGGGUAAAGGAAAGUGUUCGAAGCACGAGAAGAUGCUCGAGCGAGGGAAAGGUAUCUACGGUGUUGCGAAAGUGUAGCUACGUCGUGCAGCAUCAUCAUCUGUCCUGGAUCCAGAGAUCGAGCUCGCUUCUGCCGGAAAACUCGUUCUCUCUCUCUCUAUCUUCGUCUUCGUUCCUAUCCUUUUUGCUUUACGAAACGAGAGAAGAUAGUGAUCGCAAGGGUGGAAAAGAAACGAUAUUCUCGCGAGAUAUAAUGUCUAUACGUGAAGGAAGUGAAUAAGUGUUUAAUAAAGAGAGAAAGAUAAUAGUAUGGAAUUGUUACGUCAGUGAUCCAAAUCAGAGGAUUAUUUCUUUAUAAAGUGGAUGAUCUUUUUAUUAUUUAUUUAUUUAUUUGCUUUUUGUGCGCUCACGGACAUCGCUCGUAAAGGAUUACCGGGAUUGUGUUAAGUGAAAAAUAUUCGAAUCUCGUCUCUGUUGAUUUGUGAGAAAGUGUUCCCCGAUUAAAUAACGUCAGGAGGGAAAGAUCUAUCGAAUGAAUAAACGAGGAUAAAAAAAAAGGCGGGAAGAAACUAAUCUGAAAGAGAGAGAGAGAGAGAGAGAGAGAGAGAGAGAGAGAGAGAGAGAGAGAGAGAGAGAGAGAGAGAGAAAGGAAGGAAGAAAAUUGGGGAAGAAGAAAAAAGGAUAAAAAAAGGAAAAAAGAAAAAAGAGGAAUAAAGUGUAUUCUGUUAGGAGUGCCGAAGAAAAAGUUUGCGGUCGAGCUACGGGGAAUGGUGAUGCGGUAGUCGAGGGAUUCCCCAAGGAAAGACAUGAGGGCGGUCGCCGCCUACGUCCUAUUCCUUGCCCAGCUAAUACAGUCGACAACCGGGAGUGGAUUCUUCGAGGUGCAGAUCCUCUCGUUGACGAACAACAGGGGCACCCUGGUGGACGGCAGGUGUUGCGGCGGGGGUGGGGGAGAUGGAAAAGGUGGCUUACCACCAUGCACGACCUCCUGUUCAACGGCCUUCUGGUUAUGCCUGAAGGAAUAUCAGUCGAAUGUCACUGCCAUAGGCUCCUGUAGCUUUGGCAACGUAUCUAGUCACGCCCUCGGUCAGAACACUUUCACCCUCACCGAACCUGUCACCUUGCAACUGCACUUCACCUUCAGAUGGACCAGGCAAUUUACGCUGAUUCUACAAGCGAGAGACGAGGCGAGCGCCGGCGUCAUCGAGGAAGCGAGCUACAGCGGAAUCGUCCUGCCUGGCCCAACGUGGCACACUCUCAAUCAUCAGGGUAGAAAUGCUCAUUUGGCUUAUCGCGUGCGCGUCCAAUGUGCGGAUCAUUACUACAACGCGACGUGUACCAAGUUCUGCCGGCCGAGAAACGACAUAUUCGGUCAUUACACCUGCGACGAGAACGGCGAUAAAGUCUGCAUACAAGGUUGGAAAGGUUCCGAUUGCGAGAUAGCUGUCUGUAAAGAGGGUUGUCAUCCGGUUCACGGUCAUUGCAACGUAAGUGGCGAAUGCAAGUGCAGACAUGGUUGGCGAGGUGAUCUUUGCGAUCAGUGUACACCAUAUCCCGGAUGCAAGCAUGGCUAUUGCAAUGGCUCGAGUUGGCAGUGUAUAUGCGACACGAAUUGGGGUGGCAUACUCUGCGACCAAGAUCUAAAUUAUUGCGGGACGCACGAGCCUUGUCAGAACAGUGGCACGUGCGAAAAUACGGCGCCGGAUCAGUAUAGAUGUACAUGCCCCGAAGGAUUCUCCGGGCCGACCUGCGAGAAGGUCGACAAUCCUUGCGCCUCGAGUCCGUGCGCCAAUGGAGCGACCUGCAUCGAAUUAGGUGAAAGCGCUCAUUGUGAGUGUGCGCCUGGUUUUACGGGGCCUUUGUGUGCGACCGACAUCGACGAGUGUGCCUCGCAACCUUGUCAAAACGGUGGUACCUGCGUCGACGGUAGAAAUGGCUUUGUUUGUAACUGUCCACCUGCCUGGCAAGGUUCUCUUUGUCAAUUCGACGUCGACGAAUGUGCGCUCAAGGAAUCACCUUGCAAGAAUUCGAUCAGUUGCGUUAAUCUUGCCGGUGAUUAUAGAUGUCGGUGUCGAAGCGGCUUUAAUGGCAAGAACUGCACGAAGAACAUCAAUGAUUGUGUCGGACAAUGUCAGCACGGUGCAUUGUGCAUCGAUCUCGUUAACGAUUAUCAUUGUAGUUGCACGGCUGGUUAUUCCGGCAAGGAUUGUGACGUCGACAUCGACGAAUGUGCCUCGAAGCCAUGUCAAAAUGGCGGAGAGUGCAGGGACCUGGUAAAUGCUUAUGAAUGCGUCUGUCCUGUUGGUUUCACCGGUUACCAGUGCGAAAUCGAUCGCGAUCAUUGCAGUCCAAAUCCCUGUAGAAAUUCAGCGCCAUGUUUCAACACACAAACCGAUUAUUAUUGUCACUGUCCUGAACAAUGGCAGGGAAAAAAUUGUAGCGAGUCAGCCUCACAGAAUCCUCAGUUCGGCGAGAAUGCGGACGAUCAAUUAGGUUGCGGUAGCGAGGGAACGCCUUGCGGUGGCAGAGGAAGAUGUAGCGGUGACAAAUGCAUCUGCGACCCCGGAUAUACCGGGGUACAUUGUCACGAGAAUAUCAACGACUGUCGUGGCAAUCCGUGUUUAAACGGUGGUACCUGCGUUGAUCUGAUAAAUUCAUUUCAAUGUAUCUGCAGGGAAGGUUGGAGCGGAGAUUUGUGCGAUCAAGACGUAGACGAAUGUAUGGCGUCACCUUGCCGUAACAAUGGCACAUGCGUCGACGGGGUCGCCGACUUUACGUGCAUUUGCCGAAACGGUUGGAAGGGAAAAACUUGUGCCCUUCGAGGUGGCCAUUGUGAGCCUGGUACUUGUCGUCACGGAGGAACUUGUCAAGAUCGCGGGGAUGGCUUCACGUGUCACUGUCCACCUAGCUGGGAGGGUGCAGCCUGUCACAUAGCAUCUCCAGCGUGUGCCAGUAAUCCCUGCGAGAACGGAGCAACUUGCGUUAAUACGGCCGACGGAAAUUACAGAUGCGUUUGCCGCGAGGGUUUCGAAGGGCCAAAUUGUCUUCGUGACGUCGACGAUUGUCAACCGUUGCCUUGCCUAAAUGGUGGUAAAUGCGUCGACGGAGUGAAUUGGUUCAGAUGCGAAUGUGCACCAGGCUUUACCGGGCCAGAUUGUCGUAUAAACGUGAACGAGUGCGCGAGCGAUCCCUGCACCGCCGGAGCGACCUGCGUCGAUGGAAUCGCCAGUUAUUCUUGCGUUUGUCCACCGGGCAGGACCGGUAUUCGUUGCGAGAUUCGCACGGCCGGCGGUCCAGGAUGCGUGGCAGCGAGUUGGGAAGACGACUGCAACAUUUGCGAGUGUCGAAGCGGAAAGAAUCGAUGUAGUAACGUCUGGUGCGGUCAGGGUAACUGCUUGAACGGUACGUCCUGUCUGGCGCACGAGGUAUGCGUUCCAAGCCCGGGAGAAAGUUGUCUCUCGCCGCCCUGUCCAGCUUGGGGUGAAUGUCGACCGGUGGAAACUGGAAGAAGAGUAGGACCACCGGCAUUACCGGCACCACCCUCCUGUUGGCCUGGUCAAGCGACACCAGGGCCAACGUGUUCGAGACUGACUAUACUUUUGAGAAGAGACACUUUAGCGUCCGGCACGUCAGUCGAGUUGCUCUGUCGUAGAUUGAGAAAACUCCUGGCCGAUCCGAGGCGACCGCAAUUGAUCGUUUUACUUUGCGAUCUUAAGCCCGGUGACAACGACACCGUCGAAGUUACAAUUUUCUCGGAAACGGCAGCCGACGCAGCCAGAGAUUUGGGCGAAGCACUUAGCCGUCCUAUGGGUAGACCGCUCGCUCUUGCCUCAGUUUUAGAGGUCAAAGUUGAAACCGCUCUUAUCAGUGAGCCAAGUUCCAAUUCCAACAACGUGGCAGGUGGAUACGUAGCCGUUCUUGGCGGUGCUCUUGCAACCGUCCUUUUACUCGCUCUAUUUGGAGGACUCUGGUAUCUAAGGACAGCGAGACAACGAUCGAGCUUGACUGCGACUACCAGCAGCGAGACGUCCUUGCAUCGUCAUCGUAGUGACCUUGACGAGAAAUCGAAUAAUUUGCAAAACGAAGAGAACCUAAGAAGGUACGCAAAUCCAUUGAAGGAUCAAGAUCCUGAACCACGAGUGUCCGUGGUCAGACCAUUGUCCGGUGCUUCGCUCGGUUCUCUCGGUACAACGGAAGAGAGUCUCGAAAUGGUAUCGGAAGAAGGAAGACAUCGUUUACCACCCCUUUACAAACCGCCAAGCGCCGAAACGAGAAACAACACGGCGAGCUUUAGUUACGAGGAGGGACCUCACAAACCUUACACCAAACCGAGAAUACAGGAACCAACGUACUCGCAUCAGCAACCUGGAACGAGUCAGACCUCGGGUCCUCAUCAAGUGUUAACGGUACACGUUUAAGUGUUAACCUCUAUCUUUUCUGCCACACCAAGGAUUUCGAAUUUCAUUACGGUUUCACUCGAUUCAUAUAACUGUGUUCAAAAAAAAAAAAAAAAAAAAAAGAAAAAAAAAAUUACCACCAGACAUCUGUACCACCGUAUAUAUUUACUGGCUGGUGAUGCAAAGGAAAAAAGGAAAACAAAAAAAAAACGUAUACGUUGCUAAGAAAAUUUUACUGGUAUGUUAAGAUUUUUACGUUAAAAGACGCACAAGUUGAAAAAGUUUUACUUCAUUGAUAUUCCGUUAAAAAUUAAUGAAGAAAAAAGAAAAAGAAAACAAAAAAAAGAAAAACGAUCCAACGAUCGAAAGACGAAUUAAAAAAUGUAUCUUGUCUUUUCCCCGCAACCCCCCUUACUCCGCCAUACCCUUCCCACCUUCCAGCCACCUAACCAUCCACAACCCAUCCACCCACCCACCAAGUGAAGUUACGUAGGAGAAACGAAAUCUAUCGUAAAUUGUUAAAAUUUGUAUUUAAUCCUUUUCUACGUGUUCGAGAGUUCCCUUUUCUUAUGACUUCAUGAUGCGACAAUAAGCGCGAUCGCGACGAUUAUAAGUAACUAUAAUGAUAACAUUGUCUCUUGUUAUCGUUGUACAUAUGUAUAUAGCUCGUACUUAGUAAUUUUCGCUGUGACUGCACCGCUUCCAAGUGUCGGCAAUCACGACGACUUGAUAUCUUAAAACUUUGAUACGCUGUUUGUUCUCGCAUAAUAAAUAGAGAUCGUACGCGUUCGUUGUUAUCAUAUAAACAAAUCCAUUAGGUGAGGCACAAGGUCGAAAUAAACGAUGAGAAAAAGGAGAAAAAACAAAAAAAAAA